CGCCCCCUCCUCCCUCAGGCUGCCGGCUCUUUACAACCGUCAGCCAAUCAGAGGCGAGAUUAGGCGUCCGACUCUAGCCACGCCCCAUUACUGCUGUCGUCUAGGAAACGGGGCGUGGGUAAUGCGCUCGUGAAGCAGGUGACCGCCGUGAUUGGCUGAGGUGUCGGAUGAUGUAGUAGCGUCCCAUCGUUCCAUCCAGGACCUGGUGAGGAGCAGACAGACCGGCUCUCUGACUUCACACCGGCAGGCCGGCACACACACACCACCACCUCUCACUCUAUCACCGCCUCAAGCUCUGUUGCACCAUGCUGACCCGUCUGUUCCGUAUGCAUGGCCUCUUGGUGGCCUCCCACCCAUGGGAGGUGAUCGUGGGCACAGUCACCCUAACCAUCUGUAUGAUGUCCAUGAACAUGUUCACUGGCAACGACCAGAUCUGUGGCUGGAACUUCGACUGCCCCAAAACAGAGGAGCAAAUUCUGAGCAGUGACAUCAUCAUCCUGACCAUCACACGCUGCAUCGCCAUCGUCUACAUUUACUUCCAGUUCCAGAACUUAAGACAACUGGGCUCCAAAUAUAUCUUAGGCAUUGCUGGCCUUUUCACCAUCUUCUCCAGCUUCGUCUUCAGCACAGUGGUCAUUCACUUCCUUGGUAAAGAGCUCACAGGCCUCAACGAGGCUCUGCCGUUCUUCCUGCUUCUCAUCGACCUCUCCAAAGCAUGCGCUCUUGCAAAAUAUGCCUUAAGCUCCAGUUCUCAGGAUGAAGUAAGGGACAACAUUGCUCGAGGCAUGGCAGUACUGGGACCUACCUUCACUCUGGACGCCCUGGUGGAGUGUUUAGUGAUCGGAGUAGGAACCAUGUCAGGCGUUCGUCAGUUGGAAAUCAUGUGCUGCUUCGGCUGCAUGUCUGUCUUGGCCAACUACUUUGUGUUCAUGACCUUCUUCCCUGCGUGUGUCUCACUGGUGCUGGAGUUGUCCCGUGAGAGCCAGGAGGGCCAUCCUAUCUGGCAGCUGAGCCACUUCUCCAGAGUGAUGGAGGAGGAGGAGGACAACAAGCCCAACCCUGUCACCCAGAGAGUCAAAAUGAUCAUGUCUCUGGGCUUGGUGAUGGUCCACGCCCACAGCCGCUGGAUCGCCGAGCCCCUGUCCAUUAACACCACAGUGAGCUUCCCCCGGGUGGGCAUGGAUCUGGACCACCUCUCCCCCAGGAGGAUUGAGCCAGAGAAACCACUUUGGCACUUCUACCUCACCAGGAUGAUAACCAUGGACAUAGAGCAGGUGAUCUGUCUGGCCUUGGCCCUGCUGCUGGCUAUCAAGUACAUCUUCUUUGAGCAGGUUGAGAUGGAGUCUACGCUGUCACUGAAGAACCCCAUCACUCUGUCGGCCCCCGCUCUGGCUCCACGACGGUCCACUGAGACCUGCUGCAGGAAGGAGCCGUGCCCCCCCAGACCCCCCACCCAGCCCCAGGCCGUGGCUGCACCUCCACCUGCUAACAAGGCAGAAAGAGAUGAGGUCAUCCGGCCCUUGUCCGCCCCAGCAGCUGAUCCCCAGCCCAAGAGCUUCUUCGUCAUGGGGGAGGAAGAGGAGGGCACCAAGUCAGAGAACGAUGAGCCGAGCCUCCCCCCGAAACCCAGAGACCUGGACGAGUGUGUGUCCAUCCUCAACAACCCUGAGCUGGGGGCUCGUUUCCUGAGUGAUGCUGAGGUGAUGAUGCUGGUCAACUCCAAACACAUUCCUGCAUACAAACUGGAGGCCAUGAUGGAGAGACCAGAGAGAGGAGUGGCCAUACGGAGACAGAUGAUAUCUGCUAAACUUCCCUCUCCUUCUGCUCUCUCCUCCCUGCCGUACACCGACUACGACUACUCCAAGGUGAUGGGCGCCUGUUGUGAGAAUGUGAUUGGCUACAUGCCCGUCCCAGUGGGCGUGGCCGGGCCGCUGCAUCUGGAUGGGAAGCAGUUCCAGGUUCCUAUGGCAACCACAGAGGGCUGCUUGGUCGCCAGCACCAACCGCGGUUGUCGAGCAAUCGCUCUGGGAGGCGGAGCCAGCAGUCGUAUCCUGGCCGACAGCAUGACUCGAGGACCCGUCGUGAGGCUGCCCUCUGCCUGCCAGGCUGCGGAGGUCAAGGCCUGGCUGGAGAGCACGGACGGGUUCCAGGCCGUCAAGGAGGCCUUCGACAACACCAGCAGGUUUGCUCGGCUGCAGAAGCUGCUGGUGGGUCUGGCUGGGAGAAACCUCUACAUCCGCUUCCAUUCCAAGACUGGAGAUGCCAUGGGGAUGAAUAUGAUCUCUAAGGGUACGGAGCAGGCCCUGAGCAAACUGCAGCAGCACUUCCCAGAGCUGCAGGUGGUGGCUGUCAGUGGGAACUACUGCACCGAUAAGAAACCAGCCGCCAUCAACUGGAUCGAAGGCAGGGGCAAGUCUGCUGUCUGUGAAGCCACCAUCCCUGCUAAAGUGGUCCGAGAGGUUUUGAAAACGACAUCAGAAGCUCUGGUGGAGGUGAACAUCAGUAAGAACCUGGUGGGCUCGGCCAUGGCCGGCAGCAUCGGGGGCUUCAAUGCACACGCAGCCAACCUGGUGGCUGCCAUCUACAUCGCCUGUGGACAGGAUCCAGCCCAGUCAGUGGGCAGCAGUAACUGCAUCACCCUGAUGGAGACAUCAGGACCAACAGGCCAGGACCUCUAUAUCAGCUGCACCAUGCCCUCCAUAGAGCUGGGCACUGUGGGUGGAGGCACCAACCUGCCUGCACAGCAAGCCUGCCUCCAGAUGCUGGGUGUGCAGGGAGCCAGUCAGGAGUGUCCAGGGGAGAAUGCCCGGCAGCUGGCCCGGGUGGUGUGUGCCACCGUGCUGGCUGGAGAGCUCUCACUGAUGGCUGCUCUGGCUGCCGGACACCUGGUCAAGAGUCACAUGACACACAACAGAUCCAAGCUGAACCUCCAGGAGACUCCAGGAACGUGCACCAAGAAAGCGUCCUGAGGCCUGAGAGCAGCGUGGCCUCCUUCAGGGGAACGGAGGAAAAUAUGGACAGCAUGAAAGGGACUAAUCAUUCAUGAAGGAAGCAGACCUCAAACAUCUUCCAAGUGCUUUCAAAGGGACACUAGAGUGUCUUCUACACCAAUCGCAAUGCUGGAUAUGAGAAGCUAAUCAGACUAUUCAUUUUCUGUAUCUGUUUGUGUUUUAUGCGGCUGGCUAGGAGCAGUUAAUUACUGACUUCUGUUCUUUCAAUUCAAGGAUGCUGUCAGGUUUUUUGGGAAACAAACAGUUUGAGUUCAAAUGGAAUAUUUCUGCUGUCCUGUUGCCAAAUGGAGCGUUGUGAACACAGGCGCAAAGAAUGUUUGUGAUAGCUGAAUGCGUGCAUGGAAACUUAUUACAGAUUCUGCAUCAUAAAAUAUGUUCAUCGGGGUGGUUUAUGAAAUUAUCGAGGACACAUAGUCUCAUGGCUGUCAAUCAGCCCAACAGUCCAGCUGUACUGGGACUUAAGAUCCACUGUGACUGACUUAAGUCAAGAAUAAAUGGAUAUAAUAAAGGUUUAUUAUCUGGAUCCAAGAGGCACUUUAAAACUAAGACUUCAAGAGGUCUUCUUCUGUACAGGUAUGUAGUUGUGCAGAACCUUAAAAAGGGAGAGAGGAUGAAUAAAUAAUGAUUAAUGGUGCCUGUUCUGCUCAUGAAACUAACACAUCAUUGGCCCAUUCAUGUUGGGAUUAUACCACAAAAAACAAAACCAGUGUCUCAGCUAACAUCUGCAGUCUGCACUGCAUGUUCAGAACCAAAGACAAUGACUGAAAACAGUGUUUUAGCCUGUUUACUACUGAUAUGUGUGUAUACAGCUACUUUCAUCCAUCAUAUUGUGUCUGCUUAUAAUCAGGUCAAAGUGAUGUUUUCACUGUGGUGAUGCAUUUAAAGUGCAUUAGCAACUGUAAUGUAAUGCAGGUGUGAAUGUAGUUUCAGUGAGUCUGACUGUUGUACCAGUGGAUGGCAAAUCUUUUGCAUAUAUUUUGUAAUAAAUACAAAAGGACUUUACAAUGACAGAUUGUUCUGUUGUG